UGUGGCAUCGGUCAUUUCAAACCUGGCAGGAUGCGGGUCUCGGCCCGCACCCCCGCGCUGCCCCACGCCCCACCGCAUGCGCUCAGGGCACACGGGCCCGCUGAGGCCUCGGGGCGGUCAGGGCGACGGGCCCGUCACGAAGCGCUGCGGCGGAAGCCCCGGGCGCGCCGCUGCCCCACGCCGCCCCCGCACCGCCUGCCCCGGGCCGGGGAGGGGCCGCCCCGACAGCCUGCACCGUGCCGCAGCGCCCGGCAGGGCCCGGCAGGCCGCACCGCACCGCAGGGCCCCAGCAGCGCCCGGCAGGUCGCGCCGCCCCGCCACGGCAGCGCCCGGCAGGCCGCGCCCGCGCCGCCCCGGCAGGGCCCGGCAGGCCGCCCCGCACCGCCCCGGCAGGCCGCACCGCCCCAGCUCCGCCGCCCCGCCCCGGCAGGCCGCGCCCGCCCGGCCCGGCGCCAUCCCCAGCAGGAAGACCAGCAGCCCGCCGGCGGGCCGGGCAGGGCCGGGGCCGCUAUGGCCGAUCAGUCAUAUUGUCAGCGGCUGCAACACGACAUGUAUUUUCUUACAAGCAAUAGCCGACUGAAUGAGCAAGUGGUUGAUAAAAUUAUUCUUCAGCUUAACAGAGUCUACCCCCAAAUUCUUACCAAUGCAGAAGCAGAAAAGUUCAGGAAUCCAAAGGCAUCACUCCAUACCAGACUUUCAGAUCUGAUAAAGCACCUUCAAAAGAAAGGAGACAGACACUGUCAAGAGUUUUACAGGGCUCUACAGAUCAAUGCUGAACAGCUGUAUAAUGACCUGCCAAGCAGGAAAAUCUUGAAAACCACAGAUUCCACAGAGAUAGACACUGACAAGGAGAAAUAUAUGCUAAAUGACAGGGGUCCAGUGUUUUUCCUCGCUUGUUUUAGUGUUGCUGCAGGAUUUGCGUUGUUUUGGUAUUGCUGUAACUCAGAUACGAAAGUCGUAGGAAGAGCCAGGAGAAUCUUGGGCUUUUCUCCCAUUAUCAUAGGAAGACACGUUAGAAAUAUUUGUAUGUUGUAUUUGGAAGACAUAGCAAGAAACUAAGGAAAAGCUGCCUCUUCGCUUGUCUGUACAGUAUACCUGCCAGGGGAAGACAACGGUGCAUGAAAAUUACUGUACUCUCAUACCAAAGAUUUUAUUAACUAGAUUCAUCAAUAAUUGUGUUGCUUCAACAUGUAUUCAGAAUUUCAGCUAUAUAUGUCCUUCCUUAUGGAACGGACCAUUUAUUUUUGUAAAUGCUUAUUUUAAAAUAUUUAUCAUUUGGAUAAAAAAUAUUUUUAAUACAAACCUUAAAAUUAUAUCUUAAGUGAUCAUGGGUCUUAAGCCAUGUUUGCAUAUGUGUUUUAUACUGGAAUGAAGGAUCACAACUGUUUAAAGAAUGCUAGCCUGUCUUUUGUGAGAAUUAAUUUAAGAAAAGCACUUAAAAACCCCACGUGCUCUCAAAGCCUUACGAAGAAAUGGAUUUCCAUCUCAGGGUUGUCUGUUUUGUCUAGAUCCUUUCUACCUGCUGCCUGAGCUCAGGUGGGCGCUGGCACCUGGGAAGUUUAUCAGUGCCAGUUACCUUUGUGUGUCCCUAGUACUUGCUGCGUUUUCUAAUUCUGCUGCUCGUGCCUCACGCCAGCCUGCCUUGUUCACGUCCACACGCAGCUGUUGGCCAUGGUUUGAAGGUGCGGGAGCUGGCGCAGACUGGUUCCCAGCCUGCGGAGGGUCCCAGGGGCUGGGAUGUCCGAUCUGCACUUCAGACUACCCAGAACAUUUUUCAGAUUUAUUUAGCUUUUACUUUUUCAGUGAAAUGUUUUGCAUUCUAUAUAUCUAAGAAACUGAAGUAAUCCGAGAUACUUUACAGGGACUUAAGUUUUGUGACAUGGGGCUUCUGUAUGGCCAGAAAUAAGUAUGCUUACCUGAAGAGCCUGAGGUUGUUCAUAAUGUCAUCUGAUGAUGAUACAUUGAAAAUAUGAUAUAUUUGUGAGAUAUGAUACGUCUGUGAGUUGAAACCCGAAAAAUUUGCAGAAACCAUCGUAGGACUAAAAUUCGUGAAGGAGAUGCAGGGAGACAAGGCUGCGGGUGAAGCAGCCUGGGGUUGCUUAUCUUGCUCCUGCCUAGCUCAGUACAAAUGGCUUUCCUCCUGCAGAAGGGAGAAGCCAGUAGUUCUGAACUGGCUGUGAGAAAUUGCAUUUUUAGUGGAUAGUUCUUCAAUUACGUGCUCAAGAGCAUAAGGAGCUGGAGGAGGAGACCGUGUCCUUGUACUCGGUGAGAAAGACGCUUUGUGGCUCUUCAUUCACUGACUGACUGAAGAGAUUUCCAGAUCAAAUCAAAUGUCAUCUGAAUAAAAGUUGCAGCUGCAUCACAAAUUACCACGCACUGGAUGAUCCCAUGUGAAAUUUUCAGUCAUUUGGAGUGGUUUUUCUCAAAACAGACUGAAAAUUGUCUGCCAGCUUUAAACUUUAUUCAUGCUACAAAAAUGUCAUCAUCUUCUCCGGGGCAAAUAAUCUUGUAAUAAUUGUAUUUCUUUCUGGGACAACACUCACACGGUAGUCCAGAGGAGGAGCUGGGUACAGGGCCAAAUUUUCAGAUGAAAGACCCAAAGAGUAUGUGCAGGAAAUGUCUUAGAGAGGUGAAAAAGGGCUCAGAGGACCCUGAUUUUUCUCUUCUGAUAAAACGUUUUUGCCUAUGGCAUUGAAGCGCAGCUGGGACACGCGCCAAGCCCACGCGGAGGUAGCCACAGUCUUCGUGACGUUAAAUCUCCAGGACAGACGGUGCGUCUUUGUGGCGGAUGCUGGUGUGAGUGCAGCUCGUCUGGAAAACCCAAGUGAAAUCGGAUGGGCUACAGGGAUAACACUACAGCCGAGACUGUAAGUCAGGACAAGCUGUUUGGUUAAGUAUUUAUUCUGACUGGGAAGCUGAGCUCCCCGUUGCUGGGUUUGCACUGCGCACGGUGUCUCCGCCAGCCACGUUCACGCUGGCUUGGCUGUUUUCCCACAGCUGCAGCCGCUGGUCUGACUGCAGAGCUGGCGGUCCCGACAGCUCCGCCGGUGUAACUGCAGCGCCUGACGGAAGAGUUUUCUGCGCGGACAGGCAGACAUUCCUCAAAAUCAGCUGUGGGCCGAGGGAGGUGAUAAGCACUUACUAGCCUGAUUGCUGCCCUGUGAAACGCUAAGAGAGAUGCCGUGCCAACAAAAUAAUACCCAGCUGAGCGGUUUAUUCAGACUUUGCCUCUGCCUCCACCCCACCGGCUCUUGCAUCUCUUUGAUCUGAUCUCCGCAGGGACUCUUAAUUAGGGAGAAAAUGGUGAUGAAGCUGAGCACAUUUCCCACAGAACUGCCUAACCUCCAGGCUCUGCUGCCCUUGUUACACAAGGCUCUGCUGUUGUGCUGCCCUCCAUCUUGGGAAGUGCUUUAAUAUUCUCUUGUUUUCUCUCUGCCUUGCCUUGUGUUUAAGGUGACAACAGGUUGAGUAUUUUUCUCCAGCAAACCAGCUCUAAUUUGUAACAUUUGAAAUAUUCCGUUCUGCACUGCUGCUUACCUCUUAGAGCAGCCCCCUUUUAAGGGACUAGGAAAAAUAGCUCUGAAAUCUGAAGGAGUUUUAAAUCUUUGCCUCAAAGCCAGCCUUGAAACUUCAUUAGAGGAACCAUAUUCCAUUUUACACAAAAAAAACCAUUAUUCAUAGUAAUCUUAACAGUCGCAUCUCAUUUUAAAGCAGAAGCAGAGACCUUAUUGGUGCUAGGCACGUUCUUUCUGUUGAGAUUUUUUGCCAUGUUACCCUUUCAGUAACAAGUUGCAAAUUGUUGUGAGCUGUUACUGAAACCUACAGAAGUUACGGGUGCCUUAUUUCAUCUGAAGGUGAGAAUCUGCUGCGCUUACUGGCUCAAGGAUGCCGUGCAGUGCCAGGAGCCCUCUCGGGUCAAUAAAACUGCUCCAGGAGCACGCUGGCGGUGCGGUAGCAUGUGGUCCUCCCAGUUCCUUAAACCAAGUGGCUUGCUUGAGCUUUGAAAAGUGUAUGGAAUAGGAGAGUUUACUGAAGGCUAUAGUUAUAUUUCUUCCCUUCACGAGGUUGCUUGAGAUGAGGAUGCCUCUUGGUGGGGGUGGGAAAAUUAAUCCAGGAUGAGCUCUCCCCAGGGUUAAGGCUGGGAGGAGAGAGGAAAAAUGCAUCUUGGUUCAUCCCAGUGUUGCCAGGUAAAGGACCUGACAACAAAGAGCAGAAAAUAAUCUAUUCCCUUAUUAGUGCUAGUUACCAAUUAAAAAAAGUGAAAGUGAGGCUAGCUAUAAAACUGGCGUGUGCGUAGGUUGAGGGGCAUUCUUUUUCUUGGAAGAUUUUUCUUUCAGGGGCAUGGAAUAAACUUCUCUGUAAUCACAUCUAUGCAGCGCACGCCGAGAGCAGUUGAAGGGAUAAUUCCAUCUUGGUUUCCUGGAGGAAGCCCGUACGUACCUGCGUGGGAGUCGGGUCCUUGUCGGGAAGCAGUGUUACUGGAAAUAAGUAGGGGGUCGGACGAGCCUGUCUAGCUGCAGAAUUCCAGCUUCCCUGUCAAGUCGGGAAUACCUUGGCGUUUGCUGCUGAAACCGUGGUGGUGUUCAGGGAGGUGCUUUGCUUCGUGUGCGGGGAGGUUGUCCUGGUGGUACGAAAUUCAGCAGGUGGCACGUGCAGCGCGGAGGCCGUGCUGCGUUACGGGCCAAGGAGCUGAACGGCUGCUGCAUCAGCUGGGGAGCUGAACGCGGCGCUCGGGAGGGAGGUGAGCAGGGAGAGGCUGUGGUCUGCGGAGGUGGGAGCGUGCAGGUUCUAAAGCAGUUGGCUCCUCUGCCAGCCUGGGCUGUGCUCUGCAGCCGGUGCCUCACGCCAGGGACCGUGGUCCCGCUUUGCUGCCGGAAUGACUCGUGUGGGCAUUCCUCUGGGUGGGGGCUGGGUGAGCUCCCUGUGCUCCAGGCUGGAGGCCUCCGAGACCCAGCCAAAAAUCAUCCCCCUUCCCUGUCGUGGUACGUGGGAGUGGCCUUUUUGAUUUAAAGUCAAGCUGAGCUGCCUCUGCUGUGGUGGUGGCACCAGGGCGAUGGCGACCCCAGGGCAAGGCUAGCUGGCGCUGUGCCCCCAGGCGGAGCGUGCAGGUGGCCCCACCACGUAAACAGUAAAGGCAGAGUGAUGGGGCCAUCUGCGUGGGAGAGCUGGGAAGCGAAGUGACAGAUCAUGCAAUGAAUUAGCAGAAUUCCAUUUAAAGACAGACUGCUAUUUAAAGUACUUCAGUGAAGUACGAUGUGCCUGCAAGCCAGAGCUGGAAUGAAGUGAUGAUUCAUUCUGGGACAUACUGGGCUACUUUAUAGCUGCCGGCUGGCGCUUUCAAAGCUGCUGAGGCAAAGUUACUCUUUUUGUUUCUUGUGAUUUUUAUUUUUUUUCUGAUACUGUAAUAAAUUGAAAACUUAUUUGGUCAAAAUUUGCAGUUGUGGAUGCUUUUCACUGCUGUUCUGUACGCCCAAGUGUUACUCCAGAGAGAUGCCAUGGCUUCACUGUGGAAUCGGCGUUGAUGUUACACUAGGAAACGAUAACACUUUGCUGUACUUCACCGGUCCUGUGUUUUGUAAUUCCUCCUAAUGUACAUCUUCUUGAAUUCUGUAGAAAUUAAUCGAUUUUUUUUUUUAAUGGGAUGAAGCUGGCAAUUAAAUUGAAAUAAAAUCUUUACUGAGAAAAAAAAA